AUGAGAGGCAACGGGACAAAGUCUCUGACCAUCGUCAUCAAGCUUGGAACAAGCUCCAUUGUCGAUGAGAAGACUCACGAACCACUUCUUCCGAUUCUGACUCUCAUUGUUGAUACGGCUGUGAAGCUUCGCAAAGAUGGUCACAGGGUGGUCAUUGUUUCGUCCGGCGCUAUCGGUGUUGGUCUCCGGCGUAUGGACGUCGAGAAGCGACCUAAGCAUCUCGCACAGCUACAGGCUCUUGCAGCGAUCGGCCAAUGCCGCCUCAUGAGUCUGUGGGAUAGUCUGUUCACCCACCUCAGGCAGCCAAUUGCUCAGAUCCUCCUUACACGAAACGAUAUUGCAGACCGAACGAGAUACUUUAACGCCCAAAACACCUUCCAUGCCCUUUUGGAACAAGGUGUAAUCCCCAUUGUUAACGAAAACGACACUCUUGCCGUUUCCGAAAUCAAGUUUGGCGACAAUGAUACUCUCUCCGCCAUCACUGCCGCUAUGAUACACGCUGAUAUGCUGUUCUUGAUGACGGACGUUGACUGUCUCUAUGACAAGAACCCCAGAACCAACCCGGAUGCUAAGCCUAUCGAGGUGGUCGAAGACAUCGCUGCACUACAGGCUGACGUAUCCAGUGCUGGUUCGUCCCUUGGGACAGGAGGCAUGAGCACCAAGAUUAUUGCUGCUAGGCUGGGCACUUCCGCUGGAGUCACGACUGUCAUUACGAGGUCUUCUAACCCGGGAAACGUGCUCAACAUUGUGCAGUAUCUACAGUCAAUACAAAAAGGGAACACUCCCCCCAGUCCCGACGAGCGUGCUGAAGGCUUGUCACGAUCGGCAUCAGCUCUGACGCUCUCCAACUUAAAUGGCGCCCCUUGGCCCCCCUUACACACUCGCUUCAUCCCCGCCAACGAUCCCAUCAGGGACCGUCAUUUUUGGCUGCUUCACACUCCUCAUCCCCACGGCACCCUCUACAUCGACUCAGGCGCUUACAAGGCUCUUGUUGGCAAGGCGGGUCUGCUUCCGGUUGGCGUCAUUGAUGUCGAGGGUAACUUUGCCCAACAGGAGGUGGUGCGUCUCGUGGCAGUCAAGCGGCGAUCAACCCCUGGGCCUGAUGGCAAAAUGUGGGAGGGCACUCCUGAAGAAGUCGGCCGAGCUCUGGUCAACUAUGCCGCCGCUGAGAUCGCGCGGAUCAAGGGCAAGCAGAGCGUUGAGAUUGAGAAGAUCCUUGGCUAUGCUGAUACGCUUUUUGAUGGCGAUGACGAUGACGAUGAUGAUAUCUACCAAUCUACCAAAUAA